ACCUCUCUCUCGCUUAAGUGACGCGUUAGAACUUCCGGUUUCCUACUUCCGUACACAAACGCUCUGCUGAUGACGUGUACACUCCACUACCGUUAGCUGGCUAGCUAGCUAGCAUAGCCACCUGUCAGAGGAUAACGGUGUGUUAUAAACACCGUAACAAAGAGGGGCAACGCUUCAACAACAAACCACGGAACAUGGAGUCGCUUUACCAUCAGACAAACAAGCAAAUCCAGGAGGUUCAGUCUUAUAUGGGGAAUCUGGAGAAGACUGAACGUCAGUCAGUCCACUUGUUAGAGAAUGAGCUGCAGGCCAGAAUCGACCAGAUCUUCAACCAUUUAGAACGCCUCGAGAUCCUGGCCAGCAAGGAACCACCAAACCGCCGCCAGAACGCCAAAUUGCGAGUGGACCAGCUCAAGUAUGACGUCCAACACCUUCGGACCGCGCUACAAAAUUUCCAGCACCGACGCUAUGCCAGAGAGGCCCAGGACAGAGAGAGGGAGGAACUCAUGAGCCGCACCUUCACGACCAACGACGCAGAUACCUCCAUCCCCAUAGAUGAGACACUACAGUUAAACUCCAACUUGCACAACUCACACAGAGGCAUGGACGACCUCCUGGGCAGCGGCAGCAGCAUCCUCAACGGUCUCAGAGAUCAAAGAUCUACACUGAAGGGGACCCAUAAGAAGAUGCUGGAUGUGGCCAACAUGUUGGGGCUGUCUAACACGGUGAUGAGACUGAUAGAAAGGCGAGCCACCCAAGAUAAGCUCAUCAUGAUUGGAGGCAUGCUGCUGACCUGCGUCUUCAUCUUCCUGGUGAUCAGAUACCUGGGCUGAGCGCCAUCCGUCCACAGCGGCGUUUUCUGAUCAGUCGUGGACAUUUCUGCAGCACAUCAUCCCUCAUGAUAUGAAAAGUGGCAGAAUGGAAUUUUUUAACAUCAGAUUUGAGUAUUUUUUUUUAAAAUAAUUUGUGCCAUUAUAGUUUGUUUUUCAUCAUUUCAAUUAUUUUUGGCACCUGAAAAAUGGUCAAGUUCGAAGACUUUAAUUACAUUCAGUAUUUAAUUCCAUUAGAGCGUUGAACGUUAUUAUAAUAGGUCUGCUGCCUCAGAUUACUGCCACAAAUCCAUAAUCAAUUUUUUUUUUUUUUUUUUUUUAAAUCAAAACCACUCUGAAACUAUAAAUCACUCGUGACUGUAACCCAAUGGCUUUUUAAAAAUACUUCAAACUGAUCUUCAACUUGCUUUUGCCUCCAGUGAAAAGCUAUUUGUUUUGUUUUGUUCCUGGAUCUGUUAAUGUUGUCUUUCUGCAUUGUUGGUUCAUAGAGAAAUAGAAAUACUCAUAAUGCUCAAUGUUUUUUCACCUUGAAACUCAAGAAUACUCCCUGAAGAAUAUUUUGUUUUAUGUACAUGGCGGCGACAAAGAUUUGUUCAGAAAGACAAUAGAAGCAGCAAUUCAUUUGUAAUUGUUUAUAUAGUUUUCUCUUGGAUUUGAGCUCGGGUCUAGUCUCACUAUGUGAGUGAUUUAAUUCUCUUAACAUAAUAAAAUGUGUUUCAUUUCCUCUGUA